CUGUAUUAUGGCUGGGAUAAGAAAGUAGAGCAAAGUUUACGCGCGUGUAGUGAUUGUGUCUUCCUGUUCAAUACUGCCGCCGAUCAACCUUUCACCUACUUUCUCUGGCACGCUGACACCCGGCGGUUGUGUUGUGACGUCCGCAGUGCUCGUGGGAACAACACACCGACCGUCAUCUAAUUGAUCCAGGUAAAUUCUGUUGAUGGCGAAAAGGCGGACUUUUUUUUCUUCUUCCUGCCACUUUAAUACACAAACUUGACACAGGAGUCCUGCUGGAGUGUUAGCCCUUUCCAAUCUGGCGAUAAAGCUGCCGGGGGCAAAACCCUUCAGAAAUGUGGAUGAGCACUGUUGCACGUUCGGCCCUGCCUGCUCUGCAGAGGAGCACCUCUCUGACCCGCCAGGCUCUGAGGGCUUGUCGUAGGCUGGGGCCAACCGCUGCUCCUCUACCUCCUUGCCUGAUUUCAUUACAUCUUCGUGGGCGGCACACACUGGAGUCAGCCUCCCUUCCUGUCUCUCGCCAUCUAGUGAGGCAUGUCCGAGCUCUGGAUGAUGACAGGCAGAUGGAGGUGGAGUGGGAGGAUGGAGGCCACAGUCUGUACCCAUUCACCUGGCUGAGAGACAACUGCCAGUGUCCACUGUGUACCCUGCAAUCUGCUCAAGCCCGAAUGCUCUUGCUGGCCGAUCUCGAUAUCCACACAGGAGUAGAUGUUGUGGAGGUCACCAAUGACAACAAGGUCUCCAUCGUAUGGCCCGACCAGCACAUCAGUGUCUUUGAUGCAGAGUGGCUGAAGAAACGCUGCUUCUCUCCUGCUGCCCGACAGGCAACGCAGGAAGAGCUUUUCCUCAAUAGGCGUUAUUAUUGGGACUCGACACUGCGCAUUCCCUCAGCAGACUUUGACGAAGUCCUCCGUGACGAUAAGGCCGCGCUGGCUUGGCUCCUGGCCCUGCGUCGUGUUGGCAUGGUCUACCUGAAGGGGGCUCCUGCAGAGCAGGGCCAAGUGGCCAGACUGGCUGAGAGGAUUGGCUAUCUCAGGCUGACAUUUUACGGGCACACAUGGCAGGUCCAGGACAAACCCAUGGCAAACAAUGUAGCCUACACUUCAGGAAAGCUCAGUCUGCAUACAGACUACCCGGCGUUACACUUUGCACCUGGAGUGCAGUUUCUACAUUGCAUCAACCAGGCUAAGGAAGGAGGGGAGAGCGAAGUGGUGGACGGCUUCCACAUGGCUGAGCAGCUGCAGAGAGAAGACCCAGAGGCCUUCCAGACGCUCACCUCGCUGCGCGUGGACUUCACCGACACCGGGACAGAUUACUGCGACUUCAUGCUGCAGUCCAAGAACUGCAUCAUUGACGUCGACGCAGACGGCCGAGUCGUGAAGAUCAACUACAAUAACGCCACCCGAGACUCGGUGCUGGACCUGCCCGUACAUCAGGUCCAACCCUUCUACAGAGCACUGAAGGCCUACGUGGACAUCAUGAACCGACCGGAGAACGUGGUCACCUAUAGGAUGGAGCCAGGUGACAUCGUAACCUUUGAUAACUGGCGUCUGCUUCACGGCCGAAAGAGCUACAUCAGCAGGCUGGAGAGGCUCCGGCACCUCGAGGGUUGUUACCUGGACUGGGACGAAGUCAUGUCCCGACUCCGGAUUCUCCGCAAGGCGGUCCACGAGGACUUGUGA